AUGUUGUGGGAGUUUAAACUCGGCAAUAACGCUACAGAAACAGCAAAAAAGAUUUGCAAUGUCUACGGCAGUGGCGUAAUUUCAGACAGAGCAGUUCGAAAGUGGUUUACAAAAUUUCGUUCUGGUGAUUUCUCCUUAAAAGAUGAUGAAAGACCAGGCCGCUCCUCAGACUUCGAUGAUGACGUUUUAAAGGCCUUGAUUGAGCAGAAUCCACGGCAAACGACGAGGGAGUUAGCAGAGAAGCUGCACACAUCCCAAUCAACUAUCAAUCGUCACCUCCAAAAGCUAGGAAAAGUAAGCAAGUUGGGAGUUUGGGUUCCACAUAACCUCAGUGAACGGAAUAAGGCUGACAGAAGGUCGAUAGCUGCUACCUUGCUUUCUUGGCAAAAAGAGAAAUCUUUUUUUGCUAAAAUUGUUACGGGAGAUGAAAAGUGGAUCACAUACGAAAAUGUUAUUCGAAAAAGACAAUGGGUUGACAAAAAUGAUCAGCCACAACCGGGCCCUAAACCAAGUGUGCACGGAAGGAAAAUUUUGUUGUGUGUAUGGUGGGAUCGUCAAGGAAUUAUCCAUUUUGAGUUGUUGCCACGCAAUGAAACUGUUACUGCAAAUGUAUACAUACAACAGUUAUAGCAACUUCGGCUAAAACUUCAUGAAAAGCGUCCUGCACUUGUUAACAGAAAAAAGAUCACCUUAUUGCAUGACAAUGCAAGGCCACACACAGUGAAGAUUACACAAGAAAAAAUUUUGGAGUUUGGCUGGUCUGUUUUGCCUCAUCCACCAUAUUCACCAGACCUGGCACCAACAGAUUUUCACCUUUUCCGGGCACUGCAGAAUGCUUUACAAGGGCAAUGCUUCCAAAAUGAUGACCAAGUUCAGGAGUUCGUCCAGGAGUUUUUUGAUUCGAAACCACCAGAAUUUUAUGCAAGGGGAAUUGACAAGUUGCCCGAAAAAUGGCAAGAAGUCAUUAAUAAUGAUGGUGAAUAUGUGUUAGAUUAAAGUCUAUUGUUGUAUAUUUUAUUGGCAAAUAAAUUUCAGUUUAGAAAACGGAACUUAUUUAUGACUCAAC